AUUCUGAACACUGCCACCAGUACAGGAGGAUCGGGGCGAAAAGUAAAAGGAGUUUUGUACGAGGUGAUGUAUUAUAUUCACGUCUACAAAUGAAUCAAAAAUGUUUUGAAGAACUGUUGAAGACAGACAACAAUGUUAAACUGCCAAUUGUCAGUACUUUGAAGGCAUCUGAGGCUAAGGAUUUCAGUUAUGGGUCCUGUCCCAAAACUUUCUAAGGUUACCAUCAUGGCAUCCAUUACAUCUUUUAUGGCCCGGAAAGCUGAAAUUCCUUUCAAGACUUCAUUUCUCUCUGUAGCAAGCAUGACAACUGGCAUUUUGCGUAAUGAAGCAUGCUCAGAAUUUUACAACCGAAACCCAAGAAAUUUGGAAAGAUUGCGAAUUGCUUACAAACCCAUUGGCUAUCACUUGGAAGCUCCAGGACGAGAAUUUUGGCAUAAGUUGCUAUUGGAACAAAGCUCACGUCAUGUGACUGCAAAAAUAGUACAUCAUUCAGGACUAGAAGUCAUAACUGCUUCAACAAAAGAGUGGGCGCUCAAGAAAUUCCUUUACAGCACUAAUGACACAUCUGCUUAUAUCAACCUUGGACGGGUGCUUGCUCAGAGAUGCUUGGAAUCUGGGAUUUCAGAAGUUCGCUGUGACCUGAAGCCUCAUCCAUGAGGGAAGGUUGAAGCAUUUAUUUCCUGUGUGGAAGAAGGUGGUGUGACAUUGUCGGAACCCCCCAGGUUCUAUCCUCAUCGACCUUAUGACCAGUAUCGCCCUGAAAAACCAUGGGAAGUUUUAGAAUAAUUCAGUUUUAAAGUAUGUAACUUUCAACGUGUGUCCUAGUUGUUUGGUAAGAAGAUGUCCAUUUGUACCAUUAAUAUCAAAGGAAAACAAGGGUUUGAAUUACAGAAUUUCAAGAACAUAUCAGCUCUGUAAUGCAGGAGCUGUACUUCAGAGAUGAACAGAACUAUACAGUUGAAAUCCCCAAGUCUGAAGCAAAUGGAAGGAACUUGUGAAGACUGUGAAUUCAGGGGGUGGAGAGAAAAGCGGAUGUUGGGCUUCUUUAUGAAGGAUAUCUUGACCAUUGGACUCUUUAAUGAGUGUGUGUGCGUGCGUGCAUAAAGGCUUUCCCUGUAACAGGCCUUGAAGGCCCAUAAAGUUGUGAGACAUCAAGACUCCCACAUUUUCUGUAGACAAUUGGCGCACACUUGACAGUGCACCAUCUACUUAUGUUAUUACUGGACCAGUUAUGGCCGAUGGAUUUUUAAUUAUAUAUAUAUAUAGGAUUUUCAUACUUAAUCCAUCAUACACACAUUUGUACAUGAAAUCUCUCUUUAGGCUGUAUUGAAUCAUGGUCAUUAUUAUUAAAUGGGAAGAAUAAUUGUGAAA